AUGGCUGUGAGAGAUUCGGAGAAGCUGGAUGAUAGCGUGACCCCGCUGAAGACAAAGGGUGAGAUUGACGUCGUGCGCCUGGAAGCCGCCCUGGGACACAAACAGGAGCUCAAGCGAAAUUUUAGCUUAUGGAGCUUGACCAGUCUAGGUAUUGUCAUUGCAAAUUCUUGGGCGUCAACCGGGGGGACUAUUGUGGCUGCUUUGAAAAAUGGAGGACCUAUGGCUGUUAUUUACGGCCUUAUUCUCGUGAGCGUCUUCUAUACGGCUAUCUCUGCAUCAUUAGCUGAGCUGGCUUCGUCGAUGCCGUCGGCCGGAGGCGUGUACUAUUGGUCCUCGGUGUUGAGUCGAAGUCGCGGCCGUGGAGCUGGAUUCUUUACCGGGUAUCUCAAUGCGUGUGCGUGGCUUCUGUCCGCUUCGUCGAUGAGCUCCAUGCUUGGUAAUGAGGCAGUGGCGAUGUACCUGCUGAAGCACUCCGAGAUGACCUGGAACUCAUGGCAGGUAUUUGUUGUGUUCCAAAUCGUCAAUUGGACUUGCUGUGCAAUUGUCUGUUUUGGAAAUCGAUUUAUCCCACUGAUCAACCGCAUUGCCUUGACUUUGUCCAUGUGCGGGUUGCUCGUCACGGUUAUUGUGCUUGUGGUAAUGCCAAAGACAUAUUCCACCAACUCGCAGGUGUGGGUCGAGUACCACAACGAGACUGGUGGAUGGUCAGAUGGCGUGUGCUUCAUGACAGGCCUAUUAAACGCUGCAUUUGCAGUCGGUACACCUGAUUGUAUCAGCCAUCUUUCGGAAGAAGUUCCCAAACCCGAAUCUAGGGUUCCCCUGGGCAUCAUGCUUCAAAUGUUAACCGCCUUCACAACAUCAUUCGUUUACUUAAUCGCCCUCUUUUAUUCAAUUCAAGAUCUAGACGCUGUAUACACCAGCAGCAUCGGCUUCUUUCCAACCGCCGAAAUUUAUCGACAGGCGACAGGGUCAAAUGCCGGCGCCAUCUGUCUCAUCGCCGUACUCUUCCUAGCGACAUUUCCAACAUUGAUUGGCACCUUCGUCACAGGCGGUCGGAUGUGGUGGAGUCUUGCACGCGACAAUGCAACCCCCUUCGCCAGCUAUUUUGCCCAAAUUCAUCCUACCCUCAACUGCCCCGUCCGCGCAACAGUCGCCAUGAGCAUACUCGUGACAUGCUUGGGAUGCAUAUAUGUCGGUAGCACAACCGCUUUCCAGGCACUGAUUUCUUCAUUCAUCGUACUGAGCUCACUCUCUUACCUCGGUGCAAUUUUACCUCAUGUUCUCUCCGGGCGCCAGAAUAUGGUUCCGGGACCUUUCUAUAUGGGACAGAAGCUUGGGAUGGCAGUGAACAUUACUGCGCUCCUUUAUAUUGUGGUUACUGUGGUGUUCUUCUGCUUCCCGUUGGUGCUACCUGCUACAGUGCAGAAUAUGAAUUACACAAGUGUUAUCAUUGUGGGAUUGAUGGCUUUGACAGCGCUGUGGUGGGUGCUCAGAGCCAGGCGUGAAUAUCUAGGUCCGCAAUAUAGCUUUGAAGCUGCAGAGCGACUCAGUGCUUUCCAGUCAGGGAAAGAAGGGCGACGGUCAUUUAUUGACCUGGCUAGUGAGUCACCUGGACCCCGUCUCGAGAAUCAUCCAGCUUUUAGGAGAUGA